AUGUUUAUCUUUAAAUUGAAAUUAUUAUUUUUUUUCUCACAACAGCAAAAAUCUCUUUCCUUUUCGCUGGAUGAUUUGGAAUUUAACUUGGAAUUUUCUCGUCAACUUACUCUUAGAGCUGCUCAAGCAUUUGAUUAUGGCAAUACUGGUGCUUAUGAUGCUUCACUUCUUGUUAGUAAGCAUGUCUUUGGAAAUGCUCAAAAUGCUGCUUUUUUUGCCAAUGCUGCUGUGGAGAUUUUACGUACUUAUGGAGUCAAGCAUUUUGAUUUUUUGAAAAUGGAGCGAGACAUUUACUAUCUUUUCAAUAAAACUCAUUGUACAAUGUAUGGUGAAUCUAAUGUUUGUAAAUUGGCUUCUCCUGCUAUAUUCCCAUUGCGACGUCUGAAAAGCAAAUCGGCCAUUUAUUUGGAUGGAAAGGUUCAGCAGAAAAUAUAUCCAACUCCUUUUGCGUUGCUAAAGGAUGCGCGAGGUUAUUUGCGUGCUGGAAACAGUGUGCAGGCAUCAGAGAAGGCUUAUUUUUGUUACAGUGCUACAGUCAAACAUUAUUUCAAAACGUUUCGUAUUUGCAUAGAAGGUCAUCCUGCAACGCGAUUUUUGGCUAGGCUUGCUUCUGAAUGUCACCCCUUUGCUUCGUAUGAUUUAGUAGAGGUUGGCUCUAUUGCUGACAAUAUACACAGGAAUGCUUUUCGUGGGUUUCAUCAAGGUGAUGAGUUAGAAGAAAUGAUUGACGAAAUAGAAAAGUUCUCCAUCAAAUUUUCUCAAAUAGACAAGAAGUCUGUGAAAGAAAAAUUACAACGAUAUUUACCACAAACGAAGGAAAAAGAUUUCCCUCGUAAUGCAGGCAAGUAUCAUAUGACGAUUAGAUGGGAACCUAAGCCUUUUUCUGAAUAUAUCUUCGGAGCUGGACCUUUUUAUUUCCGAUAUAAGUGCCGAUAA